AUUUACAUUGGGAAUAUAUAUAUCGGCAGGACAUUUCUUCUCGCCCUCGUUGCACAGCGCAAAACAUUUGAAACCAAAUCAUAUGCAAAAUUAGGUGUGCACAACUUCAAUUACAUAACAGCUGUACCACAAUGAUUCUUCUCAAGGGAUGCAAAACGCCCCUUCAGUGGUUGUCUGCAACCAACAUACGAAAAAUCGUAACAAGCAUUUCCGUUAAUCAACAAACAUUCCCCGUGGAUUACCAAGUGUGCUAUAAGGUUCUUGGUUUACAUGAAAAUUGCAGUCAGGAAGAACUGAAGGCAGCUUUUGUGGGCUUGGCUAAGAAACAUCAUCCUGACAGUAGUCAAGAAGCUGAUUCAGCAAAAUUCCAACUGAUUGAAAAUGCAUACAGAAAGCUCCAAGAAAAAUUCAGCAUUGAGAUCAAGAGAUCAGAAUCAAUGACACACAAAGACAAAAAUAUUGUGAACAAAGACAUAACUCAAGAAGAUAGUGAACACAAUCAAGAACAUGAUAUUGAACAUACAGCCCCACAACACAGGCAAUUCCUCAAUUAUGAAGGCAUUGGGCAGGGUACACCUUUUCAAAGAGAGAAGCAAUACCAAAGACAUCAGGUCAAGAAAGCAGUUGAGAAUAUGUAUAAUCAUCGUAUUUCCCAAAUUCCCAACACCGAAGAGAAUUCACUUGUUCAGAAAGAUAAAAGAGCAGCAAAGAAAUCAAAAAUCAGGCAUGGAAUCGAUCGAUUAGUGGAAGAUUUAAUUCAAGAAUCCAUAGCAAAAGGUGAAUUCACUAAUUUAAAAGGGACUGGGAAACCGCUUGCAAAUCAGAACCACAACCCUUAUAUUGACAUCGUUACGCACAAAAUAAACCAGGUAUUGAUAGAAAACGGAUUUUCUCCACAAUGGGUGAUGCUGGAAAAGGAUAUUCGAUCCGAAAUAACAAAUCUAAAGUUAAGACUAGAAGAAGAAAGAAGGAAACUAGGCAAAAUCCCUUUGAAGGAAAGCGAAAAGCUUGUAUGGAACAAAUUACUCGACGUGCUAAGUGAUGACGUAAAACAAAUCAAUAAGAAAAUCAACGACUAUAAUUUAAUCGUACCUCUUCUGAGUAAGCAAAUGGUACACGUGAACCUGGAAAAAUUGUCAGAAAAAUUUCUGAAGGAUUAUCCUUCCUUGGAUUUAACUGUGGCAGAAAAAAAAGUUAACAAAGAGUGUCGUCAAGAUCAACGUUCUACUAGCACCGAACCGUGCCUGUUUGAUUUGUUGAAUUCUUUGUGGAAAAGCAAGUAUGACUACUAACUGCGUCUAAAUUUUAUUUGCUUUUUUUUAGAUUGUAAGGUUCCAUGACGACAUAGUAUUAUAUCAUUUCUUCUAUAGUUAAAAUCCCAAAAUGCACAAAGGAGGAAAAACGUAUGGUCCCUAAAAGAAACGAUUAGUGCUCUA